AGUUGUGUGUGGUGUAUUUAUGGCACUGAGGUGACAACAACUACUCACUGACCACUAACUGACCAGCACUGGCCCUAAGGACCCACACACUACCACCUGCUGGCCCCAAGUCCAGUGGUAAAAUAAGGUUUGGUAAGGUGGAUUAGCGUGAGGGAGGAACAGUGAAAAUUAUCCUGUAACAGUAUUCCAACCUUCAACAGACUUAGGACACGCCAAACACUUCUGUUUACCACGUUUACUUCAAGGAAGUGGUGGGAGUCAAUGUUUCAUCCUAAAGGUCAUAAGGUCAAUCUCAUAUGUUAAUGAGAUAAUAAUAGAAGAGAAAAAAAGUUUCAAAGGGAAAUAUUUCCUAUAUUAAUCAGUGACUGCAUUUAAAUAAUGGAUGUAGCUUGUGAAUCGUGUGGUUGCCAGCAGAAAAUUUCAAGACGCAGAGGAAGUUUUACCAGGACACUAAGUGUAUCUGUCAAAAUGGAAUUACUUGUACUAGUGUUAAUAGCCGUUCUGGGUUUGUGCUCGGGACAAAACACCAAAGUCGAUGUUGAUGGACUCCUUAAUUCUUUGGAUGAGGGAUCUAGAAAGAUUCCAGUGGCUCUGAAUUGGGGUAUAGCAGAUAGCUCAGCAGUUAUUGGGAAACUCUUCAAUUAUGCUAUUCCUUCAGACGCAUUCAAGGGAGAUAUUGUAUCUUAUAAGGUGACAGAAGCAGGAAAGGACACACUACCAUCAUGGUUACACUUCCAGGAAUCUUCUCGGCAGUUGAAAGGAGUUCCUUCCCCUUCAGAUAUCGGUCAGCAAUACCUAGAGGUCAUCAUUGGAGGUCAUGACAACUCACAGGCCAAAGAUGUAUUCUCAAUAUCUGUCACUGGCGAAAGUCCUGCAGAAUUUGUCAUGCAACCCCAACCAAGCGAUUCUGGGCGACCCAACACAGUCCGAUGUCGUCGCGACCUCCGUGAAACAGCUGUUACUGUUGUUUUGGAUACUGAUCUUGAUCAAUUGACUGCUCUCGAAAGAAUCCAUCUGAUGGAAGAUAUGACAAAAUUUCUGCCACUCAGUCUGGAUAUGUUGAAACUUCUUCCUGUGGGAAACAAACCUUUCAUUGACAACAAUGCACUGGUCGCUGGUCCUGGUGAUGUAAAGACUCCUAAAAAGUCUGGCGCUCUGCUAUCCUGGCUCGUCGGCUGUGGUGAGGUCAACAAGGAUCACAUGCCUGUUAUCAUGGAAGUGGAGCCACGGGCUAAGGAUGGUAGUAUGUCAAAAGCCCUUGGUCAGUCUAUCAUUGGCUGGCAUGUUACCAACACUGAGCAACAAGCGAAACUUCGACGCCGCAGACAAGCAAUUCGCACCACAGCGACUCCUGUUCUGACACAGGCCCCUCCCACUGAUCUUCCUUCCCAGAAAGUUCCAGUAAAGGACACAGAUACAUUGAUGCGAUCUGUUCCUAACAUGGAAUCUCCAAUGUUUACACCAACAAAAACUGCGGACAUUAAACCAACGAAGACAGUAGUUAUGCCAUCAGCCAGUCCAGAUGACCAUGGUCAUGAUCACAGUCACAUGAUGACCAAAUUACCAAUGCCAGACACCACAACAAAGAAAACAAUGAUAGACAGUGUUAUAACGCCAUCAGCUAAGCCUGAUUCUGGGCUGGAGCCAGAACCAAGAGCAACAGAAAUUCUUCCUACUAAGGCAUACACAAUGACUGAUGCUCCAACAAAGAUUCCCAGACCUGUUGUUACAGAUGCACCUCCAUAUUGUCCUCCAGAUGAUCAACCAAGAAGCCCAUUCAAGAAAAACAGAAUGGCUCCAAUUUACUUCACUGCUGGACAUUUUGCAGAAUUUGCCAUUCACAACGAUUUGUUUUUCGACUGCAAGGAUGGCGAUACCAGAAGUCUACGAUUAGAUCUGUUCAAGGAAGACAGUGAAGUUCUGCCCAUUAAUUCCUGGGUAGGACUGAAACAUAAAGAGGAUGGAACUUGGGUCGUACAAGGGCUGCCAAUGAACAUGAACGAGGGAACGGAGACUUAUCGACUCACAGCUAUGAACACCAGAGGAACGUCGCCAGCUGUAGAGAACUUCAUCAUUGUUGUCCUUACACAAGAUGGUGUAUCUUAUGAAAAACCAACUCAUGAAAUUGCACUCACACUUAACAAUGACUUCGAUACAUUUAAUUUUACUGAUAGACUAAUGCUGAUGAAGAAGAUUGCGAAAUUAUCAGGUGAUGGAAAUCAAAAUAAUAUAGAAGUUCUCCGUGUUGAAAGAGGGUCUGUUAUAUAUGCUUGGACAAAUUCUUCACUGCCGAGAGAUGGAUGUCCUGCUUCAGAGAUCCAAGCCAUGACUGGAAAAUUUUUAAGAGAAGAUGGAACAUUAAGGAAAUCUGCAAGGAACAGACUUGCCCCUUACAAACUCUCGGGUGUAGAAUUAGCUCCCAAGGGGGCAUGUAUUAACAAUCCUAACUUCCCAACUCUCGGAGUCAAACAACAACCGACUCCUGAGCCAGAACCUGAACCAACUAAGAAACCUGUUGUUCCUGAAGAUGAACCACCAUAUAAUGUUGAGACAACUACCCCUGAACCAGAUGCAGGUCUAGGCAAAGCUGCUCAGGGUGAUGACGACGAAGUCUGGAUCACAACGGUCGUACCUGCUGUAGUGAUUGUAGCAAUUUUACUCAUUGCCCUCAUCAUUGCUUGUGUCCUCUACAGGAAGAAGAGGAAGGGCAAAAUGUCUCUUGAGGACAAAAACACAUUUGUUAACAAAGGUGCACCGGUGAUUUUCCCAGAUGAAUAUGAUGAAAAACCAAAUGAUUCAACAAAACCUCUCAUUAUGGACGAUGAGAAACCUCCCAUGCCCCCACCCGAGUACACAAGGGCGUCAAGUGAAAGUUCAAGGUCAUCAGUGGACAACAAAAAUGACAAUGAUGUAGCAGAGGAAUUAGAAAUGAAUGAGCCUGAUGUGAAUUCUCCCCUUUACCAACCACCUCCUCCAGUGCCUGCCUCGGGUGGUAACAAACAACCACGCCCACAUGUCACACCCGCCUACAAAAACCCUGCCCCAUACGUGCCUCCAUAAGACUGGGCAAUCUCUCUAAGAGAAAUAAUCAUUGAUGUGUUGUUAAAAAUAGUUCUACAAUUGGUAUGAAUGAGGUGGUUGGUAUGCAUUGGUAUGGAUGUAUGUAUAUGCAAACAUUGGCUGACUAUACUUACUUAGGGGUUGGGACUGUGGGUCAUGUGUGGGGUCAUGUACGGGAUCAGAGUUCUGUGUCAUGUGUCUGCUGCUGAUGUUGAUUCAUGCGCAUUACCAGGACUCCCCCAAGUGUUUAUGUUAUAUAUAUAUAUGACAAAUCGGCCUUAUUAAACAUCAUGUGAUCUACCAAUCAUCCUGCAUGCUGACCAAAAAUUGCUGACAGUGCAUGCUUUUCCUAACCAACAGAAAUGUUAUGAUGUUGUGUACAGUGUCAAAGCAUAGCAUCAAACUCUUGAUUCUGUGUUUCCAGAUCUAGCUAUGUUACGCCUGCAAUCAUGUGAUCUGCAAUUACCUCGCUCAGACCCCGCAUCCCCUAAAUGACUACAGUGGUAUAGCCCAUUUCAGUACAAAGACAGUCCAUUGCCACAACUGAGGGAUGAGAGGUUUUUGACUGACUCGGUAGAACUUGGUCAGUGAUGUCAGAAGAGAACUGUGUGACAUUGCCAUUGAUAUGAUACAAUUAUGUGUGCAUGAAUUGCAGUUGAUAUGAGGAGGACAGGUUCAUGGAUGGUAUUAAAUGUGACAAUGCUUGACAUGCAUGGAUUACAAAUAUAAUGUUGUUAAAGAACUCGGUCUUGGUACCAAGUUCUUUGUUAAUAGUCACUGGUGCUAGUUAGUGAAAGGACAGUUGUCAUGGUAACAGUACUGGGUUGCCAAGGAAACUGGGCUAGUCACAUGACAAAGAAUUCAGCUUAUUUUUAUUCUUGUUAGCAAAUGUUUUACAAUUCACUGUCGAGGAUGCUUGAAGGAGUGGAAGAUUAUCACAAUGGAAACCUGUGAUGGCGUUUACAGUACCAUGAAUGAGAAGUCUCUUACAUAAAAGCAGCAUCUCUCAUAUAUCCAGACAGAAGUGAAUGGAGAGAUUCUUCUGUUCAAUGUUUAUCGUGAUAUUGGCUGCAGUGAUUGUGGAAUGCCUAAGGACAAUACAUUACUAUCAUUUCAUACAUGGUGUAGGCUACCAUACAGGCUUCUGUCUGUACAAUUUGAUGAAAUUUUUUUUAAAUGUUUAAAAAUUGAUUCAUUACAUCUUGAUAGAUAUUUUUCCUCUUCACAUGAUCGAAGUAGAGGUUUCUUAUGUUUUUUCUCUCUCUUUUUCUUUUUUCUUUUUUUUUUUUUUUUUUUGUAGUAAUUUUUUUUUUCUUUAUAGAAAUAUUAUUUAUAUAACUAAAAGUCACUGUUUUAAUUGUUGAUUGAUAGUGUGGAAUACCGUUUUUAAUAUCAAGGUCACACUUUCAGCAAAAUGAGGAAAAGUCUUGAUUUAAGGUGACAAAUCCAUGUCAGUAUUUCCCUGCUAAAUGAAAGCAUUCAGUUUGAAUGUGUCUAUUGUCCAGGGGUAACAGGAGUUUCAACUUACCAAGGCUGGCUGCAUCAAAUAAUUAUUUCCUUUUUGAUUCAAGUGCUAAUUAAAAUAAUUAUUUAAUUAAGUAAUUAAUCAAGUUUAAUGAUACUGUGAGAAUAUUUGUUGUAUUAGUGUUGAGCUAGGAAUACUUGUCAACACUUCCUCAUUCCCGGAACCAUUCUCUUUGUCAUUGAUCAAGUCUUCUCUAAUGCCAACUGUCAUACUGAAAUCACAGUCAGAGAUUUUAAUCUAAAUAUUGAUAAAGUACUGAGCUUUAAACUUCAAAAUCGUGUAAAAGCUUUUAAAAGUCAUUCAAAACAUUUUAAUAUAAUUUAACUUGAGAGAAAAUUGAGACAUUUCAUGAAUUUGGACCAGACAACAAUGUCUGGCUUGGAAUAAGGAAUUAUUGACGGUAGUUUAGUGGUAGUAAUUGAUAGUCAUCAUCAUUGAUGAAACUUUUAAUUUUGUAUAAACAUUGUAGUUAUCUGUGAGAAUUGUCUCAUGAUCAUAUUUAAUGUCAGGAGAUAAAGGAGAGGAAUUCUAGUAGAAACGUCACAGAUUUGUAGUAAUAGUUUUGUCCUUAAUACUCAACCUCCAAAUCAGGGAUGGUAACAUUUGAUAUUUUUGGAAGGAAACUGUCAUUCCUUCUGAAACAGAUUGCCAAAGUCUUAGAAAUCACCUUUUCUUAAGGUUCAUCAUAUAUAUAGAUAUGUAUAUAAUGAAUAUUUUCACCAAAAGAUUUCAAAAAGUAAAAUUAAAAUGGAUUUAGAUAUUGUAUAAAAACAAAUAGAAUUCAGAUUUGAAUGAUCCAUUUCUUGUGUCGAAGACUUUUGGUUUAAAUUUCAAAAGCGAACCAAGAAGUGAUAUUUUUAUUGAAGUUGGUAUGUUUGUUUCAAGAAAUAGAAAAAUUGAUGAUUCACAAUAAGGUCUAGCUAUCUGGUAUAAAGGCACAUGUUUGUGUAAAUUUUCAUCUUCAUUUCUAACAUAAAUAUGUUACCAGGAUUGAUGUAUACACUAGCAGACCAUCAGCUUUACAUCAAUGUACUGUUUGAAACUAUUGAGAAAACAUGGAAAUGUUCAACAGUUUAAAUGAUGAUUAUUAUUAUUUUUAUUGUAUGUAAAUCAUUCAUCGCUUGUAAAUCAUAUCAGCUUUUUACUAUCUUUCUGGAUUUUAUUUUCAAAUGUUUGUAGAAAUCCAUCAUCUUUAAUGCUAAAACCACUUAUGGCCUUACAUUGUACUAGUAGUUGGAGUCAUUUUUUUCAAUAAAGUCUGUUAGGAAUAUUAGAACUAAUUUAAGAAUAGGUCUUACUUGCAUUAAAACAUGUGAUUUUCCUGAAAGUUUUCACAUUGUUUUUGUUCACAUUAUGAUAAAACUGGACAAAAACAUUUUGAAUUUCUUUAAUUCAAGCCUAUAGUCAAAUCAACUCCUUUAAGAACUAUUUUGUUGAUCAGAAAAAUCAAAUAUUGAGAAUUAUCUCAUGGAAAUGUAGACACAGAAAUUUUUUUUUUUUAUUAAAAUGUAAAUGACCAAACUGAGGACAUUAAAAAAGUCAGAAUAUACAAAUAAAAGAUGAGCUUGUGAGUGGAUCUUUUGAAUGUAGACUUCAUGUAAAUGAGUGGGAUAACUGCUUUGAUUGUGUGAAAUGUUCUACAAAGUCAUUCUAUAUGUUGUCUGAAAAUAUGUUUGAAAGUUUUUCCUUAGCCACAAAAUAAAAGUAUGCUGGCAGUUGGCAUGUAGGCUCUGAAGAGUUACUCUCAUUUUAUAAAUAAACAUUACACUGCCAUUGCUAGCUGUGUAAUCCAUAUUUUAGGACGAGAACCAGUAGGAAAAGUUAUGGUUACUUUCAUUUUAUAUGUACAUUGUACUGCAUUAUCAUCACUAGGUACAUUGUGCUACAUAACAACUGCAUGGAGUCAGUCACUCUUUUCAUGUGCGUUGUAUACCAUAAAAUGUCUUUAUGGCAUAUGAUAACUGCAUGAAGCUACUUUCACUUUACAUACCCAUUGUAUUACCAUCUGUGUAAGGAGUUACUUUCAUUUUACAUGUACAACAUAUUAUGACCAAUGCUGUGUUGCUCAUAUAUGGCUGUGUAUGCCCUAUAUAUAUAUAUAUAUAUACUACAUUAUUCCAUGUAAAAUGCCCUGUUGGGGGCUCUGCCUUUAUAUAGUGUUUAUGUUGUCGCUAGCAAACUAGAAUGUUUUGUUUCUUUUUUUGUGUGUGUAUUUUGCGCACUUUUGUGUUGAUUUUUAUUGGUGUCACUGUUCAGAUUCUGUUUACUAUCAUUACUUCCAAAACAUUUACACAGAAAACUUGAUAGAAAUGGACAGUCAUGUUUCAAGUUCACGAUGAAAAAAUAAUUUAAAAAUUUGAAGUUUUAAUUUGUGGUUUACAGACCCUAAACAUGUGAAUAUUUGCUGUCAAUGUUUUUCCUGAACUUGAAGGAUGACUAGCACAUGCCAUCAUUUAGAGAUAACUGACAAUAAUAUCCAUUUCCACGCAACGCGACGUAGGAUGGGACAUGCCAGGAGAUAGAGGGGCGAGUUUAAUUAGUAUUUAUUUAAAUAUUCACUCAUAUAUACCUUUGUAUGUUAAUUUACAUAUAUAUUACACAUAUUUCAUGAUGUGCCAUGGCAAAUCAUUACAAAUUCUUACUAAAUGCAUUUCUCUGAAAUUCAUCCUUCUAUUUUUCAGUCUGAUACCUUGGGUGUCUCUGUGUGUGUAUAUAAGACUGAUUAAUCUCCAAAAAUUCAAAUUUUGAUUUUAGUGUCAUGUGAAAUGUUAAUUGCAUUUAGUUUAACAAAAUGAAACAUAACUGUCUUUUUUUUAAAAUUUUCACUGGUAUUAGUAUAAAUCUUAGAAAUUUUAUUUAAUUUUGAUCCAUUUAAAAGUACAAAGGAUAUAAAACUAUAAGUAUGGUAUACUAACCAAUUAUAUGAGAAUUAUAUUCAUCCAUACUUAAAGAUAGAUAUACAUAUACAUUGUAUUUACCAUUAUUUCUACCUGGAGACUUUGACCAAUAACACAUUCAUCUAUACAACGAUGGUAAAGCCAGUCUGCUAUCUUAGGGUAGUGACUUCAACAUGUAUGCUACUUGACUGGAUCUCUUCAUUGCUAUGACGAUUAAGGAUGUUUACAAUCUUACUGUGACAACCUAAGGAUGUUUGCAAUCUUACUGUGACAACUUAAGGAUGUAUGCUACCUUACAGUGACAACUUAAGGAUGUAUGCUACCUUACUGUGACAACUUAAGGUUGUAUGCUACCUUACUGUGACAACUUAAGGAUGUAUGCUACCUUACAGUGGCAACUUAAGGAUGUAUGCUACCUUACUGUGACAACCUAAGAAUGUAUGCUACCUUACUGUGACAACCUAAGGAUGUUUGCAAUCUUACUGUGACAACUUAAGGAUGUAUGCUACCUUACUGUGACAACUUAAGGAUGUAUGCUGCAUUACAAUGACAACUGAAAGAUAUAUGCUACCUUAUAGUGACAACAUAGGAUAUAUAUUAUCAUAUACUGUAUGGUUGGCUUCCUUACUAUCAAGUCUUGAUUAUAAUGCAUGCUUACUUUAAGCUUUGCUUCCUUACUGUGAUGACUUAAAGAUGUAUGCUAUUUAAUGUGAAAUGAUCUCUUUUCAAAAAGAGCUCCACACUAAGAUAACCAGUUAAGGGAGAAUAUAUAUAUUGUUGCAUGCAUCCAUCAGUUGAACAAAUAUGUUGAAUUAUUAUUCCAGUCAAAUCAACAUGUGAUCGUAUUGAUGUAUGUUUUCCAGUACGGGAUCUUCACACGAAAAAUUAUUAUAGUCAUGUAAGAAAUAAACACAACUGUGGAAUUUAUUAUCUGAUUAAUGUAAUUAUAGCUAUAGAUAUUUCUCCAAUUCCCUAUCAGUAAAUACAGACAGAAACUUUAGUCGAGACCAAUUGAUUGAAAUUUUAUAGAAUUUUCAGUCUAAUUUUUGACAAUAACAACAAGAAUUCAGCAGAUAUAAGAUGUUGUGAUUUUUAAAUGUUGAUCUUAUUUUUGUUAUAAUUACAUAACAGUAUGUAUUUUUCGUUUUUUUAAUCUUGAAAAUCAUAUAAUUUGCAUUUUAGUAUUUGAUGUUCACAAAAGUACUGUUGACACAAAUAUCAGAUAGGUGUUUCUGUUGGAGUCUGCUUUGUUUCUGUGGGUGGCAGAUGUCCCAAUUGAGGCCAGAUUUAUGCUGGUCCGGGUGUCCAGAAUUAUGGUCAAGUUUUGAGUUGUAUGUUCAUUGCUAUUGAGAUGAUAUUUCA